AUGCUCAAGGGAUUCUUUUCUUUCUGCCUGAGCACGAACACCUUAUUCGUUCCGGACGCCCUGCGCACCACUUUGAUUGCCUCCAGAAAUGUCCGAGAGAUCGUCCACGCUGAGAGCUGGAUUUCUUGGUGGAGGGAAGAUGGCAAGGGCAAUGGCAGCGUCUUUGGGGUUCCACUCGCGAGGUUGCUCAAGGCGUGUGACAAUGUACCUGUCGCGCGAAUAAUGCCAAAUGUUCUCUGCUCUGUUGGAGAAGGAGCGACAUGCUAUUGUGUAAGCCCUUGUACAGAUUCAGCACACGCGCUGCUUCUGCAGGCGCUGCGAUCAUUUGGGCUGGUCCACGCGAUUACAGAAGAUCUCUUCGACGCCUACUGUGCAAUUAGCGGAUCAAGCCCGGCAUUCGUAUGCUCAUUUGUUGAAGCUCUUAUCGACGGCGGUGUCAAAUGCGGUUUACCCCGCCAGUUGGCGACAGAAGCUGCCCUGCAGUCUGUACGCGGCACGGCAACACUUGUACAGAUGAAGGAGAUUCAUCCAGCACUGCUUCGUGACGAUAUUACGUCCCCUGGGGGUACAACAAUUGCGGGAGUUUUAGCAAUGGAGCGUAGAGCCUUCAGAGCGGCGGUAGCUGAUGCAGUGGAGGCAACAUGCGAGCGAUCCAAGGAAAUAGGGUUGACUUUGUCAAAGUGUUCAUAA